AUGAUCCAUCUUCGACCCGGAUUAGGCUCUUGGAGGUAUUCUGGAGGUACAUGCAGACGUUUGAGGCCAUAAUUUUGAACGUUGGACAUCAAUUCUGACAUUCGGAUGACAAAUUUCUUGAAAAUCCGUCAAAAAUCUUUGGGGAAGGGCUAAUUUUUGGAGUUAUUUGGAAAGAGAAUGAAGCUUCUAAAUUAGAGUUAAUUUUUUCAAAAACAUUAACUAAAAUUGACGGAUUUUCCAGAUUUUUGCCCUCCGAAUGUCGUCUUGGAUCUGAGCAGUGAAUGGACUGAAGUUCUGGCCACCGAUCGACUUCUUCAUUUAUGGGCCUUGGAGGGAUGUCAGCCCAAUCAUAAUGGGUAUUCUGGGAGGCUGCGGGCUGGGAUGUUGAUGAUCAAAAAGCAAAAUUUGGGUAAGGGGGAAUUUGUAUCAAAAACAAGCUCGGAAUUUUUGCUAGAUAAUGAGUGCUGUUGGCUUUAUUUUAUUGCCUGAAGGGGUGUCAAAAAAGCGAAAAGAUUUUUUCACAAAAUUGUUUUUUUUUUCGCAAAAAUGGUUUCGAGUACGUUUUUGGCCUGGAAUUUUUCAAAAUUUUGUCUAAAACACAGCAAUCCAUCUCAAAAAAUGCCGGAAAUCUACCCUUUCGGUCAAAAUUUUGCCUUCUUACAUCUUCUCCAUGAGGCCUCAAAACACUGUAAAACGCACAAAAUUUUGACUUACCGAUCUGCCAGGUCUUAAAUGGGGCGGGAAUUGAUCCAUCGAGCCGUAUACAUAAUGUCAAGGCCAAUUUCGGCCGGAUUUUACAGUAUAAAAAUAGUUUUUGGCGGGAUUUACAGUAUCCCUCACCAGCCAAAUUGCCUCUUUUUGUGCAAUAUUUUUCCUGGAUCUUGCUGUUCAAGGCGUCAUAGUCUAUUUUUCAAGGCCCUUAGGCCUUCUUAUAUUGUAAUUUUUGGCGGGAUUUACGGUAGUAACCCACCAGCCAAAAAUUAUUUUGUGGAUAACAAAUUAAAUAUAAGGUAAUUUCGAGUUGCAAUUGAGCUCGAACUCAAUUUUUUGAGCUCCUUUUUUCGAGUCUUUGACUUCAAAAUUAGCUUGUACUUGACAAGUCAGCGAUGAUAUUGAUAUUUUUUAUAUUUUUGCCCCUAAGCUUACGUAAGUCAUCUUAUAGAAAGUUAAGGCCUAUUACAUUAUUCAAAGCCGGAUUUGUCAUCGAAAGAUCCAGGAUUUUCUGGAAGUUUUGAUGAUAAAUCCGACUUUGAAAUCUUAAAAGCUUCAAAAACCCCGAAAAAGUCCCGAAAAAACCCCCAAAAAAUCCCCACAAGAUCCCACUGGACUCACCCGUCGACCCUUCUCCUACCACCGGGACGGCGGCGGUGGCGGAGGCUACCCCAACUGCAACCACCGGGACGGCAUCGGUGGAGGCAGUCGGCGUCUUCGUCGUGUUGGUGACGGCGUCGCUGGAAGCGGUGUUUUGGUGGCGGGACAUCUUUACAGAAUUUCGCGUUGAACCAGGAUAAGGGUAUCGACCGGUGAAUGAGCAAAUUGCCAACGAAAUUUUGGUGAAUUUCGAUAUGCAAAUUUCGAGUUUUUUGUGCAAAUUCGUGGGAAAGUUGACGUUUUUUUCAGAUUUUCAUUCAUAUUUUUUCAAUUUUUUUGAAACGUUUCUUGCAACGUGGCGAAAUUUCGGACGUUUUCGUGGAAUUUUGAAAGCAUCGGGACGGGUAUGGACAAGGGUUUUUGACUGUAUGGCAUAUUUUCGGUGAGUUUUGACAAUUUUUGUAAGAUUUCUUUAGAUUUUGAUGUAGUUUUUAAUUUAUAUGUUAUUUUAGAUGGUUCCUUUGGACAUAGAAGACAACAUUUGAUUCGAAUUGCCGCAUGAUGAGUUCUAGAUGAUGGGCAAAAUGGAAAAAGUAAGUUGUGUUUUGUUUUUGGAUUGUUCCACAACAAUUAAUCUCGCUUGCAGUCUUUUGUCUCACCACGAAAAUGGAAAGGAGUUUGGCAUUCUGCAAAAUAAAAGAAUUUCCAAAGAAUAUUUUUUUUAUAAAAACCAUUUUCUCGCCUUCCAAGUCCCGUUUCCUAGCCAAAAGUUCCUUUAGACGUCGGCAAGUUGCCAAAUGACAUGGGUAUGAACCAUCAAAGUCUAAAUUAUUACAUAAAGACACUAUAAUUGAUAAAAUAUAUAAAUCUUCAUGACUUUUUUAUAUUUAUUUUUCCCAUUUGCAGAAUGCCAAAAAGUGCCAAAAAGCCGGGAACUGAUUUUUGUUAUGGGGAAAGAUUGAUGGAUAACUCCUCAGCCGAGUAGUAAAUGUGCCGCGAUUUUUUGCAUACUGUUUGAUAAGAAUGUGUCAAUGUUGACUUCCAAGUUUCAUGCGAUUUUUCGUUAUUAUAAGUCGGUUAGACCACGGGAAAGAUUGCAAUUGUUGAAUACUUAAGGUGGCUAUAUCUUGCAAACUGUAAAAACUGCAAAAAUUAUUUUAGGUGGUGCAGAUAGAGUUCUAUUCCCUCCUUCUUAUUUACUAUUCACCCAAUCACCCGAUGUCCUCAAAAGUGAGAGGCGAUAAUAUUUGUUGGACCGUGUUUUUGUAACGAAGUGUUCAAAAAUUUCAAUCAAUAAUUGAGACGAUUAGCUAAAAAAGCGCUUUUCAAUUGGGAUUAAUUGUUGUGUUCGGAAUUUAGGCAGUUGCAUCGGAGUCCCCCGCGGAACUAGAAUCGGCAAAUUGAUCCCAGCGGACGGUUUCAUUGAAGAGAAAAUUGGCGAGUCGAUGGUGCAAGUCGUUGAUUAAUUGGAAACUAACUGAGAGGUAGGCCUAUCUUUGGUCGUAUCGUAGCAGGUUAUGACUGAAUUGAGGGCACGGAUUGUUAAUGGGUGUUAUGCUGAGGGUUUCUUAGAAUUUUCGGGAUAAAUUUGGACUCAUUUGAAGAUUUAUUGAAGAUUUACUGUAGUUUCAGUGUAUUUCAGGGAAAUUCUAAAAUCCAGGGGCAUAGGUUUUGAAGCAGCUUUUAAUUUAUAUGUAAUUUUAGAUGGUUCUACAGAGUUUUCUGAUACUCGCAGUUCUCCAAAGACCUUCUUCCAAGGCAACCUUCAUGCCUUGGAAGGACGGCCGAAACCCUCAGGCUUGGACAUGGACAUGUGAUUCGAAUUGCCGCAGAAGGAGUUCUAGAUGAUGGGCAAAAAUUAAAAGUAUGUUGUGCUUUGUUUUUGGAUUGUUCGGAAUUUAGGAAAUGGCAUCGGAGUCCCCCGUUCACGCAACAGUCAUGGGAGGCAUGUGGUGGCUGAAGCUUUGUUGA